AUGAGAAAAGAUUCGACGUCACUAUCUAUUCUUCGAACUGUUCGAAAUGCAUCUGCCUUACUACAAAGAUCGUCUUUACCACUAAUGUUGGUCCUCUUGGCAAACGACGUGCAACUAAAUCUAGGUCCUUCCAAUCCCAUUCCUGCUAAGCCGUGUAAAACUAAUCCUAACGACCUUAAAGUCCUUCACUUAAAUGCCCGAAGUUUGAAGUCUUUUGUCCCUGCUGACAAUGACACUUCAAAUAAAGUUUGCAAAAUAACCUUACUGCAGGAGUUGGUUCACGGUGGUGAAUAUGAAGUUGUCUGUAUUUGUGAAACUUGGUUAAACAAUACAAUCCUUGAUACAGAACUUCUCCCAGGUUUCAAUAUUUUUCGUCGGGACAGGACGGGGAGAAUUGGCGGUGGAGUUCUAAUCGCGAUUAAAUAAAACCUACAUGCUACUCGGCGUUGUGACCUCGAAAGAGAUGGCAUUGAACUUGCUGCAGUUCAACUCAAUAAAGCGAACAAUGAACCAGUAAUUCUUUAUGUGUAUUACCAUCCUCCUAACUCCUCUCCUGAUGCCGGUCUCAGUCUUCUAGACAACUCCAUAGCAAGUAACCCGGAGUCAUGUUGCAUAAUCCUAGUUGGUGACUUUAAUAUUCCUUCUAUCUCCUGGUCAGACAGCCCAUCAACUCCUAUUAACACUAGUGGAUGCUCCAAUGAUGAAAACCUUUGUGAACUUAUCGGCGAGAAUUUUCUGUAUCAGUUCGUUGAUGGCCCAACCCACCGUGCUGGAAAUAAGUCUGUCAGACGUACUAACUCUCUCCUGUGACGAACACGACUUUCCGUCUGAUCACUAUACUAUUGAAUUCUUUAUUCGCACAAAGUUUAGAAAAGCAAAACCUGUGUGGCGAACAGUUUAUGAUUGCAACCGAGCUAACUUUCCCCAACUUUGUAAAGCCUUGUCUCAAACAGAUCAUCGUGUAUCUCUUUCGGACAACAUUGAUGAUUGUUGGAAACAUUGGAAGGACUUAUUUUUAUCAGUUGUGUCAAGUUAUGGUCCAACCAAAAUUAUUAAGGAUACCAACUCUCCUCCGUGGAUCGAUGGAGAAGUUCGCCAUCUAAUCCGAAAAAAGUACACCGCCUUACGUAAAUAUCGCUUGAAGAAAACGCCUAAACAAUGUCCGGCAUUGUGUCAGCAAGUUAAGAAUGUUAUUUGUUAAGAAUGUUAUUUAGACAAAAUUGAAAUUUCAUUUAAAGAAAAUCCGAAAUUGUUUUGGAAUUAUCAUAAAGCGGCACUCCACCACUGUUCAGCAUUGAAUCCUGUCAUAUUGCACAACGAUGAGACAGCGACGACCCCUAAACAAAAAUCAGAACUUUUUAAUUGAUACUAUUGCUCCGUUUUUCGACCACUUAAAGCUCUACCUAUCACUGAUGAUUCACCUCUCUUACUGUCGCCUGUGGAACAAUUGUCUGAUAUAACUGUCUCGGAAGAAGAAGUUGCCCAUCAUCUUGUACACUUGGAUCCAACUAAGUCAGCAGGCCCCGAUGGUAUGCCUGCUCGGGUAUUGAGGGAAUGCAGUUAUGCCAUUGCCCCAAGUCUUUGCUCACUCAAUAAUCAUUCAUUACAUACUGGUACUGUUCCAUCUGAACAGUGGCGAAGCCAGCGUCAUGUGAGUGGUCAUGCAAACGAGCGCCGAAGGCAUGAGACAUCCUAUGGGGAUCCGGCGGCAUGCCCCCCCGGAAAAUUUUUGAAAUAUAGACCCCAGAAACGCCAUUUGCAGCAAUCUGAGCAUCAAAUUUCAGAAAAAGCUUUAUCUACUGACGGGAAAAGAUGUGGAUAUUUUGGCAUAUUUCAGACAACAAUAAUGAAGAUCGACACAAAAAUAGGAAAUCUGUGGUGUGCAGUUCCGCUAAUUGAUUUAAUGAUUUAAUGGAGAUUUGGCUAAUAAUAUAGCGCCAGGGAGUUCGCUACAGUUCCCCAAUUACGGCGACCCCAUAAUUAACUUUACGUUUACAAUCUAGAAUAUAGUAUAAUAUGCAGACUUGGAAAAUAUAACGCAUGAGCCUUGAUCAAUUUCCUUAAUUUAAAAUCAAUCGCCCAAUUAUUACAAUAUUACAUACAGAAAUGAAUUAAGCAUUAUCAGAUGUUUGAGAUGUUGAGCACUGUCAGUUUAGCCGAAUUCUACAUUCAUAUUGAUUAUUGGCUAUUGCCAAUAUUGGAUAUUUUCGAACGCACGGGGAUGUUUGUUUCACAAACAAGUAUAUAUCAAAUAUGUUGCUAAAUCACAAUCGCUAAAAUGUUUGUGUUGCGUAUUGAAAUGUAUAUUAAAGCUUUGCAGCGCUAUUUAUAGAACUACAUUGUUUACUACAUUGACCUCGACAUUGACAUUGUAUUUCAUAUAGUAUAUGGCGCUCGAUGCUUUAUACUCCUAUGCUCGGGUUGAAGGCUUAAAUAUUCAAGACAAAAUACAUGUAACAAUAACUAAAUACCAAUAGGCAAUAGCUUAUUUAGCCUAAGCCUUACUGGGCUACUGGCUAAGCCAUUCUUUCUUUGAAAACCACGACAUUUGAAAACCUUCCCGAUCAGGCAUGUCGAAAGAUCUGGCGUUUGUCUCUGCUUAUAAACAAUAAUAUUCUGCUGAGCAAAAAAUGGUUUUUUCACCAAUUCCCAAACAAUAUCGUUAGCUUCGAGUAAAGAAGAAGUCGACAUGCUUGAAUGACCUGAAGACGUGUUCAUUCAGGCUGAAAGCUUCGAGCUAAGAGGCUGUGAACAGGUUGUGUUGCCCGUUUAGUCAUGCAAAUCGAAAAUUGCAUGACCAAGGCGUCAAAAACAGCCGCAUUGCGCGUGCGCGAACGUCGUAAGCCAAUCAGAAACCAACAAACCUAAUAUAAAAUAAUAUAGCUGGUCAUGAAAUUCUGAAAAUGCAUGACCAAAACACACAGCGAGCAAACCACGCAGCAAUCACACGCAAUCGUUUUCCACGCGCUUACGCAACCGGUCAUGCAUGUGAAAAUAUGCAGGACCGCUCAGUUGCCAAGGUAACAAAGCCAAAAUCAAUAACAUACGAGCAUAUUUAGCAAAAAUAUCGCCUAAAGACCAUUGAUUUGGGUAAACAAAAUAAUAAAUAAAAUACUUAUAGGCGUAGAAGUGCAAAGAUAAAGUAUAAUUCUAUUGUAAACAAUUAUACUGAACUGAUUUUUAAACAUUUUUGGGGAAAUUUUUAGUCAUGCACUGCAUGACCUGCAUGACCGCUGGCUUCGCCACUGCAUCUGAAUGGAAAUCAGCUGAUGUUUCACCAAUUCAUAAGAAAGAUAAGAAAGAACUAGCUAUCAACUACCGUCCAAUUUCACUGCUAUCUAUCAUCAGCAAAGUCUUGGAGCGAUGCGUUUGUAAUCGUUUCUACGAACAUAUCCGAGAUUCGAUUAACGAAGCUCAGCAUGAACUUCUUCAUGGCCGUUAUUGUACUACACAGCUUCUUUCCACGUUACAUCGUAUUGGACAAUUGCUUGACAAAAAUACCCAGACGGGCAUUCUAUUUCUUGACUUCGCUAAAGCCUUCGACUCAGUGGAUCAUGUUAUUCUCUUAAGAAAGCUGAAAGAUUACGGUAUCGUAGGAAACCUUUACAGAUGGUUCUCUGACUACCUGCAUAACCGUACCCAGCGAGUUGUUGUAGGGGGUGCUGCUUCGUCAUGGUCACCCGUCACUUCUGGCGUUCCACAGGGAAGCAUCUUGGGUCCAAUGCUUUUCUUACUCUUCAUCAACGAUCUUCCUGAUGUCAUUCCUGAAUCUACAUCAACAGGACUAUAUGCUGAUGAUACCAAAUUAUAUAGAGAAAUCUCAACUCCAGAGGAUUGUUCACAGUUACAAGAAGCUUUGUCGUGUGCGGAUGUUUGGAGUAAGGAUAACUACAUCAACUUUAAUCCCUCAAAAUGUAAAAUAUUGACAUUCUCCCGCUGUAAAACAUCUUUUCUUUUCGAAUAUUAUCUGGGAUCAUCCGAAUUGAAGGGUGUGAAUGAUGAAGUUGAUCUGGGAAUCACAGUCACCAGUAACCUUUCAUGGACAACCCAUAUCAUCAAAAUAAAAAUCAAGGCGAACAGGUUGCUGGGUUUGCUUAAAAGAACAUGCCCCUUGUUAACAGACCGCAGUAUCCGGCGCACUCUGUAUCUUUCGCUCAUCAAGUCGCAAUUAUGCUAUGCCACAGCGGUUUGGUCUCCCUCCCAAUAUAAUAACAAAUUAUAUCUGGAGCAAGUCUAA